CGAAUUUCCAUCAAAACAUCAACACGUGCUUGUGCCGCGUACGGUGUGCUUGUGAUUAUUCUUGGAUUAUUUGAGGAAUUUCCCGGAAGUUUCUGUUAUUACUCAAGUUUAUUCAACAAGAAGUAAAAAAUGACGGAAAGUAAGAAAGUGAAGAAAGGUGCUGAGAAAAUUACCGAGGAAAAGGCACUUGUGUCUCGUGGGGUUAUUCUAAAUUCCAUUCAGGGGAUGCAGAAGAAUUUGGGUGAAAAAUCCAAAGAGAAGAAAUCAAUUUUGGAUUCAGACUUCAAGUAUUCACUGCAAAUAACUCUCUUCAAAAUUCCACGAGGAGCAGGAAGGCUCAACAAAAUGCUUCUAACUCAUAGUUUAAUUGAUGACACUGAUGAGGUGUGUCUUGUUGUGAAAGAUCUUGAGCGGGGGGCAAAGAAAGAUUUUGAACCAACAAAUAAUCACUUUGAGGAAGUCCUCAGGGUAGCUGGGGUAACGAGGAUUAAUCGCAUUCUAUCUGUGAAUGAGCUGAAGAAAAAUUAUGGGCCAUUUGAGGCGAAAUUGAAGCUUUGCCAGAGCUUCGAAGUAUUCCUGGUGGAUUCGCGAGUCUACAAUCGCACAGUACCACUCCUGGGAAAGCAUUUCCUGAAGCGAAAGAAGCUCCCUAUUGCCCUCAAGAUGGACUGUGAGGAUCUCAAUGAAGCCAUAGCAAAAGCCCUAAAAUACACGAUCUAUCGGCAGAGUAAUUCAGGGAAUGUCCUUUCGAUUGACGUGGGGAAACACAGGAUGACCGCUGAGGAUAUCACAGAUAAUGUCUGCGAGGUAAUUAAUCACCUGAAGAGUGACACUCUGGGUGGAUGGAACAACAUCAGGAGUAUCUACGUUAAACCAGCAAAAGAUGAUCCACUCUCCGUUCCAAUUUAUCUCAGUGAUGCGACUGGAGAGGAUCUGCCGAUACCUGAGCAGAUUAGUCAGAAGGACAAAGUUGUGGCCAAGAAGCGAAAGCAAGUUAAUGAAAUUCUGGAAAAUGUGGGAUUUUCCAAAAAAGGACAUUUUUCAUCUAAUUAAAUUUAUGAGAGCAAUUUUUUUCUGUCUAAUAAAGUUUUUCAAAAAGAUA